AUGCCGGAUAUCGAAGCUCUCACGCCUGUGAAGCGGGAUACAUUUCAUUACAGAAACAAACUGCCUCUUCUGUCAUUAGAAGAGAAAGUUGAUUUGCUUUCCGGGAUCAGCUUUACAAGCACAGCUGGUGUAGCGCGGCUGGACAUUCCAGCGUUGAAGGUCAGCGAUUCUAUCAAUGGUGUUCGCGGCUCUAAAUCACACCUGGAAGAUACUGGCACAGCCUGUUUUCCGAGCUCAACGUGUCUCGCUUCAACGUGGAAUACUGCUCUACUACGAGAAUUCGGCGAGGAAGUGGCACUGCAAGCAAAAUCCAAAUCCGUGCAAGUCGUGCUGGGUCCCAACAUCAACCUACAUCGCGACCCACGUGGUGGCAGGAACUUUGAGGCCUUUAGCGAGGAUCCUUUGGUUACCGGUCAGUUGGCCGCUGCAAUUGUGAAUGGUAUCCAGUCCCAAGGUGUGGGUGCAUGUAUCAAGCAUUUUGUGGCCAACGAGAGCGAGACCGUCCGCCGGCGCUACAAUGUCGAUGAGUCGGGAGAUAGCAGGACAAUGCGCGAGAUCUAUAUGCGAGCUUUCCAGCAUCUCCUACGAAGGUCUAACCCCGUUUCAAUCAUGACAGCAUACAAUGCAUUGGACGGUAAUUUCUGCAGUCAAAGUCCCUUUCUAAAGUCAUUGCUUCGCGAUUCUUGGAACUACGAUGGUUGUCUCAUGUCCGACUGGUAUGGCACCAAAAGCACAGUUGCCUCGAUUGAGGCUGGGCUUGACCUCGAAAUGCCUGGACCAUCUGUUUUCCGCGGAGCCAAGCUUAUUCAAGCACUCAGCAGCAAUGAAGUUUCUGAUGCUGCUCUUGAUGCUGCUGUGACAAACGUUCUAGCAAUGAUCGACCGUACUGCUGGUAGCCACAGUGACAGGGAAGAGAGCAUCCGACUCACAGAGCAAACAAGAUCUAUUGCACUACGAACAGCUGCAGAGGGUAUUGUUCUCCUGAAAAACGAAGACAACACUCUUCCUGUCAGCAUUACAGAGGAUCUGAAAAUCGCUCUCAUUGGAGCCGCUGCAAUCAAGCCUUCCAUUACUGGUGGCGGGAGUGCUUGCGCUAAGUCUCAAUAUGUAAACACCCCUCUCCAUUGUUUGCAAAAUGCUUGUAGGGAUCCGAAACAAGUUACCUUUGCAUAUGGUACCAAUACGAAUCAUGCUGCACCACUUAUGCCUAUUGAUAUAACUCGGUCACGAAAUGGAGCUCCUGGUGUUGAUGUGGACUACUUCCUUGAUGGCUCUAAUGUCCCAGUUUAUGCAGAGCAUAUUGGACGACCAGUUGUGGUAAUGCUCGGAAAUCUGAAGCCAGGCCUAACUCAAACUGGAUUCAACUACGUGAUGGAAACAACGAUCACAGUCAAUACAAGCGGAACUCAUAAUUUGGCCGUGCAAGCCACUGGAGAGUUUACUUUGUCUAUUGACGGAACAGAGAUUCUCUCAAAACCUGCGCCUGUGAUGACAGUUGAAGAUUUCUUGUUCGAGCCGAAAAAACUUGAGAGCAAAGUCGAAGUUCGUAUGGAAGCUCAAAGACCAUACAAAAUUACGCUCAAAACCCAUUCACGAGAUAUUGCUUCUGGUUAUGAAGAAAUCUCUCCUCACUCGGUCAAAUUGUGCUUCGAAGAGGAACACAACGAUCGUGCCGCAAUCGCAGAGGCUGUUCAUACCGCCGCUCACUCAGACAUCAGCGUGAUCAUUGGUGGCCGGACCAGUGAACAUGAAUCUGAAGGAUUUGACUUGAAGAUGCUCAAGCUGGCUGACAAUCAGGUGCGCCUGAUCAAGGCCGUAGCCAGUGUGUCCAAGAAGACAAUCCUCGUCUUGCACGGCGGCAACCCCAUCGAUGUUUCCGACUUUGUUGACGAUAUCGACGUAGUAAUGGCUGCGCAUUUCCCAGGGCAGGAAGGAGCUCAGGCUAUUGUGGACAUAAUCACAGGAAAGACGAAUCCCAGCGGAAAACUGGCAACAACUUGGCCCAUGCACCUCGAUGCGAAAUCAGUUCCGUCUUUUGCUCAUUUCCCUGCAAGAGAUAUUGGAGAUGGCCCAGUAAUACGCUACGCUGAAGGGCUUCAGGUGGGCUACAGGAGCCCCCACUCAGCUCCGUCUGUCCGCUGGCCUUUUGGGUUCGGUCUCUCUUAUUCAACUUUCAAGUACAGAGGCUUGGAGGUCAUCUCUCAGGCAGGGAGUAAUGACAUCGGCUCAUUAAAAUCCUCUAGCAAUAUGAUUACCAUUGCCGUGGAUGUUCAAAAUGUCAGCUCAAGGGCAGGUUACGAAGUCAUUCAAAUAUACUCUGAGCCACCAACAGACUCGGUCAUCUGGAAGCCACACUCCGAGCUGAUUGCGUUCACAAAGGAGUGGUUUGAGUCCAAUGAGACCAAGCGAGUUGAAGUUUUGGUUUCUCAGCGAGAUAUCAGUGGUUAUUGGGACAGUGUGGCUGGAUGCUGGCGAUCUCUGAAUGGCAUUUAUAAAGUCACAGUUGGCGAUUGUGUCUCUUGCAUGCCGAUUCAAGACGUGACCACUUGGAAUGGACUUUGA